AACUCUACUAGUUCGGUACUGUUCCGAAGGACUUCUCAAUAAUGAUUCCACAUCUGACCAUCCAACGCCGCCACUACUGCCACCCGUCUUUCCAUUCUCGGGACCAACAUACACUCGUUAGCUCCGUUAUAAUGGCAUGUUGUAGCUGGGAGUAAUGUGGGUCCGCACUGCCGAGUCUCCGUUUAUACACCUCCAGAGGCUUCGUCAUCGUGUCUAACGCCCGACGCUAACGACCGCCGAGAUCGUUAUGAUUCAGCAAGUUUUCUGACUCCUCCGACCUUGUCCGUCAUUGACAUGUAAACAAAACAAAAGAAGUUUCCCGAACAUCAUCUGCUCAUUAUAAAGGGGAUCCUCUCUCUCUCUCAUGCCCUACCACCCACACUUGCCCGAGCGAUUUCUCAAAUCCAAACUCUCUCCCUGUUCUCAAAAAUGUUGUUCGAAGUUCGGGCCAAUCAUGCGCUAGACAGUAACCCUCCGGACGCUGAUCUUCACAUCACCACGCAUGGGUCAGACUGGUUGUGGGCUGUAUUCUCGGUCAUGCUGCUGGCUGAUCUCCUUGUCCUAUUUUCUUCCCUCCGGAGGCCAAAGGCGUUCAUACUCCACCAACUCGCCAUUAUAAUUCUCACGACUUCCUCAAUCGCAUAUUUCAGCAUGGCAAGCGAUCUCGGCCACACCCCCAUCACGGUCGAGUUCAAUAGGUCGCACGAAGGUCCUCUCACGCGUGACAUAUGGUAUGUGCGCUACAUCCAAUGGUUUAUCAACGCCCCCCUCCUCCUGCUCUCCGUCUUCCUCGGCACCGGCUUCCCCCUCGGCGCUACCGUCUCGACCUUCUUCCUCGCAGACGCUGCCGUCGUCGUCGGACUCGUUGGCGCUCUCGUACAUUCCACCUACAAGUGGGGUUACUACGUCUUCGCAGUCUUCUCCCUCUUCUAUGUAUUUGCCCAUCUCAUCUUCCACACCGGUCGUAACGAGUUCCCUUCUCCAACUGGUCGCACUCACGGCGCCUUCCUCGGCACCGCUCUCCUGCUGUCCUUCAUCUGGACGAUUUACCUCAUCAUCUGGCCCUUCACCGAUGGUGGCAACGUGAUUAGCCCAACUGGCGAGGUUGUUUGGUACGGAAUCGUAGACCUGCUUGCCGGUCCUGUAUUCUUGGCCUUCUUUUUAUGGACGCAUCGGGAUGUCGAGUUGGGAUACGCGGCGGAGAACGGCGCUGUUGUGAAUAGGGACGUCAAGGCGUAGGAUGGUAUCGGUGGGAAGUAUUGGCCAGCUGAGCGCUACGGUCAAAUUUCCUCCUCUCUCCUAAUUCAUCCCGCUCCGCUCAUCCCAAAUGCUUGAUUGGUUAGCCAUUCGGGUUCUCUUUUUGUUAUCCGUUCCUCUGCCGAUGCACUGUAUAUUAUUUGUUUAGCCUAGAUUUUUUCUCUCUUCUCUUGCUAAUAUGCGUCGCUUCAACGCAGUACACCCCCUUCACUUAUAUAUAUGAUGUUGUAAUUUUGUACGGUUUGCCUUUCCUCUUCUUGGUUUUGUUGUACCACCUUCAACUAGAACAUACCUGUACUUUUCUUCCUUUCACGACUUAUCUACGAAAUUUAAUGAUUGCUUCUAUCAUGCCCUCA